CCCUAAACCUUAGGAAACACUUGAGAGAGUUCAGCUACCUGUUUUCAUGGCGAUCAACGAUGCUGAUCAAUCCAAUAAGGCUCACAGGUUCCGUAAAUCUGGUGCGAAAUCCGACAAGAAGAAGAGAAACAAGCACGAUGCCGGAGAGGAUCAGAAAAAGCAAAACCCUAAGGCAUUCGCUUUUUCUUCCUCUAACAAAGCCAAGAGAUUGCAAUCACGCGCCGUCGAGAAAGAGCAGCGCCGCCUUCACGUUCCUAUCAUUGACCGCACUUAUGGUGAACCCGCUCCUUACGUCGUCGUCGUGCAGGGUCCACCCCAGGUUGGGAAGUCACUGUUGAUAAAGUCUUUGAUUAACCAUUAUACGAAACAUAAUUUGCCUGAUGUUCGUGGUCCAAUUACUAUUGUAUCAGGAAAGCAAAGACGUCUGCAGUUUGUGGAAUGCCCAAAUGAUAUCAAUGGCAUGAUAGAUGCGGCAAAGUUUGCUGAUCUAGCUCUUCUUCUUAUAGACGGGAGUUAUGGCUUUGAAAUGGAAACCUUUGAAUUCCUUAAUAUUUUGCAAGUUCAUGGGUUCCCGAAGGUCAUGGGGGUUCUUACUCAUCUUGACAAGUUCAAGGAUGCUAAAAAGUUGAGGAAAACCAAACAACGACUCAAACACCGGUUUUGGACUGAAAUAUAUGAUGGAGCUAAAUUGUUUUACUUAUCAGGCCUUAUUCAUGGAAAGUAUGUCAAUCGUGAAGUUCACAAUCUUGCUCGAUUUAUUUCAGUCAUGAAGUUUCAUCCUUUAUCUUGGCGAACUUCCCAUCCGUAUGUUUUGGUAGAUCGUUUUGAAGAUAUCACUCCUCCUGAAAAAGUGCAUGCAAAUAAUAAAUGUGACAGAAAAGUCACACUUUAUGGUUAUCUUAGAGGCUGUAAUUUGAAAAGGGACCAUAAGAUGCACAUAGCUGGAGUGGGUGAUUACAGUUUAGAUGGUAUUACUGUUUUACCUGAUCCUUGUCCUCUUCCAUCUGCUGCAAAAAAGAAAGGACUGCGCGAUAAGGAAAAGUUAUUCUAUGCUCCCAUGUCUGGCCUUGGGGAUCUGUUGUACGAUAAAGACGCUGUAUACAUAAAUAUUAAUGAUCACCUCGUUCAAUUUUCAAAAGUUGAUGAUGAAAACUCUGCUAUGACAAGCAAAGGAAAGGACAGAGAUGUAGGGGAGGUUUUGGUGAAAUCACUUCAGAAUACCAAAUACUCAAUUAAUGAAAAACUAGAGAACAGCUUUAUCAAUCUUUUUGGUCAAAGGCCUCAAUCAGAAGCUCUAGCUGAUGUACAGGGUACAAACGAAGAAUAUCAGUCUGGACAAGCUAUUGGAGCUGGUAUAGUUGGUGAAGAUAAUAAUGAAAUGGAUUUGGAUGGUUCAGAAUCAUCUGAUCAAGAUGAAAUUGAUGCCAUGACAGACAGUGAACCCUGUGGUUCUUCUGAUGAAGAUAUUGAUGCAACAGGUAGUAAAGCUACUAAUGAAGACCACAUAAAAGAACAUAUUGAGUUUCAUGAAGGAAAACGAAGGAGAAGAGUAAUAUUUGGAAAUGACGUUGAUCAAAGUGAUCUGAUGGAUUCAGAAGAAGAGGACGGUGCUGCCAGGGAUGAUGUGGCAUCUUCUGAUUCAGAUUCUUCAAAAGAAGAGGAGGAGGAUGACAAUGAUAAUGAUGACACAACUGAAGAUGACAUGGGAAAUGUUUCAAAGUGGAAAGAGUCCUUGGCAGAAAGAACACUCUCACGGAAAACUCCUAGUUUGAUGCAACUUGUGUAUGGGGAUUCAACUGUUAAUUCAACCCCUAUAAACAAAGAGAAUGAUAACAGUGAAGAUGAGGAAAGUGAGGAUGACUUUUUUAAGCCCAUAGAAGAAGUGAAAAAGCAAUACAUGGGAGAUGAAUUGAAUGAUGGAAUGAUCAACAUUGAGGAUUUUUCCAAGUGUGCACAAUUUUUGGAUCUGAGAUUGAAUGAGAUAGAGGAUGAGGAGAUUCGCAACCGUUUUGUAUCUGGAAAUUUGGCAAAAGCUGCACUCAGAAAUGCACUACCAAAAGCUAAUAUUGAAGAGGAAAAUGAUGAUGCCUAUGGUGACUUUGAAGAUCUAGAAACAGGAGAAAAAUAUGAGAAUAACCGGACAGAUGAUGCUAUUGCAGCGACAGUGCACAAGGUUGAUAAUUUGAAAGCUGAGGAGCGGAGGCUUAAGAAACUUGCUCUUCGUGCAAAAUUUGAUUCUCAAUAUGGUGAUGACUUUGGGUCACAAGAGGAAGAUACUGGUCAUGAAAAUGAGGCCAAGUUCCAUCGUGGUCAAGCUAAUGAAAGUAGCUAUUUUGACAAGUUGAAGGAGGAGAUUGAGCUUCGGAAACAAAUGAAUAUUGCUGAACUCAAUGAUCUUGAUGAAGCUACCAGAUUAGAGAUAGAAGGCUUCCGAACAGGGACAUACCUAAGAAUGGAGGUUCAUGAUGUUCCUUGUGAGAUGGUUGAAUACUUUGAUCCCUACCAUCCAAUAUUGGUUGGAGGGGUUGGUUUAAAGGAGGAAAAUGUUGGAUACAUGCAGGCCAGGCUAAAGCGGCACAGGUGGCACAAGAAAGUUCUGAAGACUAGAGACCCAAUUAUUGUUUCUGUAGGAUGGAGGCGUUACCAGACAACCCCAGUUUAUGCUAUUGAGGAUAUCAAUGGAAGGCAUCGUAUGCUAAAAUACACUCCAGAGCACAUGCAUUGCCUUGCUAUGUUUUGGGGCCCUCUUGCUCCUCCCAACACUGGGAUAGUUGCCAUUCAGAAUUUAUCAAACAAUCAGGCAACAUUUAGGAUUACUGCAACUGCAGUUGUACUUGAGUUUAAUCAUGCGGCAAGAAUAGUGAAGAAAAUCAAAUUGGUUGGUUACCCAUGCAAGAUAUUCAAGAAGACAGCACUUAUCAAGGAUAUGUUUACUUCAGAUCUUGAAAUAGCUCGGUUUGAAGGUGCAGCUAUUCGAACAGUCAGUGGGAUUAGGGGGCAGGUCAAGAAGGCUGCUAAAGAAGAACUUGGUAACCAACCAAAAAGGAAGGGUGGGCAAACCAAAGAAGGAAUUGCUAGGUGCACUUUUGAAGACAAAAUUCUGAUGAGUGACAUUGUUUUCCUGCGUGCAUGGACUCAAAUUGAAGUUCCUCAGUUUCAUAAUCCAUUGACAACAGCAUUGCAGCCUCGUGACCGGACUUGGAAAGGAAUGAGAACUGUUGCAGAAUUGAGAAGAGAACACAAUCUUCCUAUACCUGUAAACAAAGAUUCACUUUACAAGAAAAUUGAAAGAAAACCCAGAAAGUUCAAUCCAUUGGUGAUUCCCAAGUCUAUACAGGAAGGUCUUCCCUUUGCAUCAAAAUCGAAGGAUAUACCUAAGCGGAAAAAGCCAUUACUUGAAGUGAGAAGGGCAAGGGGUGUUGUAAUGGAACCUCGUGAGCGUAAAGUUCAUGCCCUUGUUCAACACCUCCAGUUAAUGAAUAAUGAGAAGAUGAAAAAGCGAAAGCUUAAGGAAGAAAAGAAGAGAAAGGUACUUGAAGCAGAGAAAGCAAAAGAUGAGCAGUUGUCGAGAAAGCGGCAAAGAGAGGAAAGACGAGUGAAAUACCGGGCUCAAGACAAGCAGAAUAAGAAAAUUCGGAGAUCUGAGGAUUGAGUUUAUGACUUGAAUAUGUUGUGAAAUUGAUUUUUGUCUUGUUGAGGGAGCUCAUCUCUGAGGCUUAUUUAUGAAAAUGAGGACCAGAAGGUCAAGUACAGCCCAAAUUAGUAAUUUGGCAUAUUUGGAUUUGCUCAGUUAAUGUAAAAUUCUUUUUCCGCAGACCAAAAAAUAAUGUAAUAUAAUACGAUUAUGCAAAAAGUUAUUAAAUUCUUGAAACAUUGAUGUAAGAUGUAUCAUACCAUUUUUGUUACUAGGAUAUUCUUACUAUCAGCUGAAAAAUAGGAUUUAA